AAGUAUGCAAGUAAUCAGCCCGAAGGAUUUACGAACAGAAUCGAAAAAGUGGCCAUUGUCGGGGCAGGAGGUUCAAUUGGAAAGCACCUCACCGAAGCUUUACUCAAGACAGGCAAGCACUCGGUGACUGCUAUUACGCGCCCAAACAGUAACAGCCAGCCUCCAGAAGGCGUGAAAGUCGUCCGUGUUGACUAUAGCGGCGACGAGGAUGCUGCGCUAGUUGAAGCGCUACGGGGCCAGCAGGUCCUUCUCAUUACAAUGGCAGUGAGCGCACCAAGAGGCACUAUCAACAAGCUUGUGCGCGCUGCAGUCAAAGCAGGUAUUCCUUAUGUUCUGCCUAACUGGUUUGGCCAUGACGAUGCCAAUACCUCGCUAUGCGAUGAUAGUAUGCUCAGCGGAAAUCGAGACAGCAUCAUUGCCGAAUUCAAACCCUUUGAAAACACAGCUUAUAUCUUCCUGGUGUGCAAUUUCUGGUACGAAUUCAGUCUAGGCGGAGGACCCGAUCGAUUCGGCUUCGAUUUCAAAAAUCGCUCGUUCAUACAAUUCGACGAGAGCGAUGUUCUAUUGAAUACAACCACCUGGCUUCAGUGUGGUCGAGCCAUUGCAAAUCUCCUCAGUCUUAAGGAGCUCCCCGAUGAUGAAAUGGAUACAUCGCCUACACUCUCACAGUUUGCCAAUAGUUCUGUUUACGUAUCAAGUUUCAGACUGAACCAGCGUGAUAUGUUUGAAAGUGCCAAGCGUGUUACUGGCACUGUUGACGCCGACUGGACCAUUACUCAUGAGUCUGCAAUGCAACGUUGGAAGGAGAGCCGGGUAGCUGUAGAAAAGGGCAAUUUUGCUGCAUUUCCAAGAAUGCUUUACAGUCGCAUGUUCUUUCCUACGGCGGAUGGUGACUACCAGUCCCGCCGGAAGGUCCAUAAUGAUUUGCUCGGUCUGCCAGUUGAGGAUUUGGAUGAGUACACAGCCAUCGCGGUCAGAAUGGGGAAGAACGAUGAAGUUGUCCAGACACACUAA